CUCGGUGACGAUGCUGAGCGGGGAGAGCGGGAGCGGGGAGAGCGGGGGCGCGGAGCCCGGGCCCGAGGAGCCCGGGCCCCGGCCCGCUCCCGGCUCCAGUACCGGGGAGCCCAUGACCUGGUGGUACCGCUGGCUGUGCCGGAUCGCGGGGGUGAUCGGCGGAGUGUCAUGUGCAGUCGCUGGCCUUUGGAACUGUGUAACCUUCGAUCCCCUCAACAUUGCAGCCGGGGUCUGGAUGAUACUGAAUGCAUUUGUCCUCUUCCUCUGUGAAGCUCCGUUUUGCUGCCAGUUUAUUGAGUUUGCGAAUGCUGUGUCAGCGAGGGCUGAUAAACUCCGAUAUUGGCAGAAAGCAGUCUUUUACUGCGGGAUGGCAAUCUUCCCAAUAUUCCUGAAAUUUUCAAUCACUACAUUAUUUGGGAAUGCUAUUGCUUUUGCAUCAGGAGUACUUUAUGGACUCGCAUCACUUGGUAAAAAGGGCGAUGCUGUUUCAUAUGCCAAGCUCCAGGACAGGAGAGCAGCUGAUGAGGAAAAACAGUCUGGAAUGCUCCAGGGUGAGACAGCAGAACAAUAAAAGGGACUGGGAUCUGUACGCCUGGGUUAGCAAACUGACGAAGCUUUCUCAACGUGGAUAUCUGUUUUAUCUAUGCACUGCAAAGAGGGGUGAGCUCCAGGGUGGGUUCCCUCUUUGCUCAAUAUACAGCUGAUUGUUCAAUUGGACAGCAGCUGCCAGCUCUCUUUUAAAUCUGGUGUUUUUGUACAUUUGUCUUAAUCAGGGUCUGUUUCUGUGCUGUACAUCUCUAUGACUCUGUGGGUUAUGUUUGGAGCUCUGAUUAAUUCCAUUACUGACUAAAUCGUCCCAAUUUGGUGGAUUUGGUUUUUUUUAAUAUUGAGGGCAGCAGUUGCAAUUGGAGCAUACAUGACUUGAACAGAUUCUGGUCACAGUUGCUGGGAGCCUUGCACUGUCUGGAAUAUCUUUUAUAUUACAGCAUUGAUGGGAUUCAGGUCAGAGCUGCCAUUGUACUGCUGCUAUCUAAAGCACAUUUUUAAAUAAGUACUGCUCUUUCCAGCUCUCUUAAAUCAGGGAUUGAGAAGGCAAUCAUCAAAAAUGGGUCAUUACUCUCUCCCACCCUCCCCAGCCAACUCUUCCACUGGGGGCAGUUGUGCAAUAUUAGCUUGCAUGGGGAGGGUUGGUGUAGUGGCAUUGUCACUGAGCUAGACAACCAGAUGCACAGGCUAAUGAUCUGAAUCAUGGUUCAAAUCCGCCAUGAUAGUUGGGGGUUUAAAUAUAAAUAAGUCUGUAAUUGAAAGCUAAUCUCAAUGACGAUGACCGUGACACUAUCAUUGAUUGAGUCAUAAUCGUCUAAUGCCUGGUUCAUUAACGUCCCUUCAGGGAAGGAAAUCUGCUAUCGUCACCUGGUCUGGCCUGCAUGGGGCUCCAGGCCCCAGCAAGGUGGUUAACUCCCCACUGCCUUCUGAAAUGGCCCAGCAAGCCACUCAAAUACUGAGGCAGUUCGGGAGAAGCAGCAGAUGCUGGCUUUGCCAGUGAUGCCCACAUCCUCUGAAAGAGUAAAUAAAAAGGUUUUGUUCAGGGACUGCUUUGUUUGUAACCUGUAGCUUCCUCGCUAUGAACAGGAGAGGCUGAAGUUAUGUUUCGAGUCUGACUCUAAUCUGGAGGGGGCUUUAAACAUUGGGAGAUCAGUGGGAGUGAUGAAGGAAGAGUUGUGAGAGUUUCCUGCAGAGAGUUGCAAUCAAGCGUCUGACCCUACCUACUGAGAUAGCGACACCAAAUGAAUAAUUCAUCCUUUAACCUGUGCUGGAUAAUUUGCUCUAGUCUUUCUGAGUAUGAGGCCAGGAUCCAUACCACAGAGAGGGUGGAUUUUAUUCUGCCUCUUCCUGGAUUAAUUGUACCCGCUCCCAAUUCUGAAAUUCAUUGUGGUACCUGAAAUUGUAUAUCGAAAUGUUUUGUUUAUAUGAGGUGCUAAUGUAGAGAGAGGUGAAUCCUUGCUGAAUCUAAUAUGUGAUCUGGGGCAGCCUGAUAAGACAUAAUCUGGCUUUUCCAAUCAAAUACAAGUUUGAUCUAUAUUGAACUCCCAGAGCAAGUUAGGUAUCUCUUCUGUGAGGUGGGAUUGCUGACAUUUAGAAACUCCGGGAGAUUUUCCUGCUGUUGCACCUGUUUUAGUUCUUUAAGCAAAGCACCUGGGACUUGUUUCAAAGACACUGCCUGUAUACAGACUGCUGCUACUGUACCACACCCACCACAGGCCCAGCUUUGGCAAGAACUAACUGAGGAUUCCACUGGUUAAUAUAGAUUUGUAAUGAGAUUUAUGAAGUUAGCUUCCAGUCAGGAUAUGAGCAAGCAUCCAUAUCUGAUGUGGUUUGAGCAACAUGUGGAUUAAUUUCCCUGGGAAGCUUGGUGAUGGCCAUUGGACACACUCGUAGCGAGUUAAUGUAAAAGAGUUUACCUUGUGUGAUUUGAAAUUGAAAAUGACUGGGUUCCAAGCAGUGUUCAACAGUUUAUGGCUAUGCUGUAUUGGUACUCUGUAGAAACGGGAUGAGCGGGUUAACUUUGUGGGAUGGUGGGGGCGGUAGGGAAGGUGGUGUGGUUUGCAAAAUCAUAAAGUCUCACGAUGCAGGAGUAAGCAUGGGGAAGAGGUCUUUCAGCUCAAUCAGUGGAAAAAGGUUUUAAUAUUCAGUAACUGUGCGGACAGCACAUUAUUUAUGUACAGUAUGGACUGAGGCAUUCAGCUUCAGUCUGUUCGUAUUGCUUCUGUACGUGAGGAAGUGGUUCUAACAUCCAGAAUCAAUGACCGUAGGUUUGGGGGUAGGGAGAUUCAAGGGGAAAUAUUUUCAGCAGAGGUGCGUGUCAGGAACUCACUGCUUCACGGGGCAGUGAAGGCAGAAACUCUCCUAACGGUUAAAAUACAAAACCCAAAGAACCUGAUACUGUAAAUCACAAACAAAAAUAGAAAUUGCUUGAAAAGCUCAGUAGGUCUGGCAGCAUAUGUGGAGAGAAAUCAGGGUUAACAUUUUAGGUCAAAUGACCCUCCCUCAAAAGGGUCUGAUUUACAGUUAAAAUAUAAUUGGAAGUACCCUUGAAGUGUUUGAGCCAAUUGGGACAAUUCAUCCACAGCAGGAUCAGGCUGGAUGGCUACCCUCUGCCCAGUCGUCAGGGAACCCCUCACCCCACAUGCAGUACGCUUGUGAUUCAUACUCCCCAUCUCCUGUCACCUCCCUUUCCCUUCAACCCCCCCCACCCUCCUGUCUGAUGUUGACCGUUUGUAGGUGAGAGUGUGGGUUCUAGCCCCUGGGAGUGAAUACCAGAACUCAGCAGGACUCUGUUUCUGCUGACUUCUAACCUGAUUAUCUUAGAGGCACUAGAGUGAGGUAAAAUCUGUUAUUGGAACAAACUUGUAAACUCUGCCUGUCCUUUUGAAAUGUUAAUACUUUCUCCUAUUAUUCUGUGACCUCAGGAUCAAACAAGAGAUCCCAAUUUUGUAGACUUUGUAUUGAAAUUUCUAAAGAACUAAUAUCCUGAUAUCCACUUCUGAUGCACAGUGCUGUCCAUUUUUUGAAACAUUCAUACCUUUCCUGUAAAGUGAAGCUCCAUAUUGUGAAUAUUUGUUUAACUUGAGCCUUCGGUUUUAUAUGAACUCCUCAUUACCUCUUGAAUUUUAUAUUCUGUUUAUUCACUGGCUGCUAGUUUUGUUUGUAGUGCCUCUGAAUUUCAGCAAAACUGCAGACAGCCCGUAGCUGACCCCUCUGGCAUGUGUGAAUAUUGACUGAGGGUAGUUGCAAUUGACAUUCCUUGCUGUGUGGUUUGUAAUGUCCUGCCAGUGCUCAUGGUGAACCUUCUUGCGAGAAGUGGACAUUAGACUGAGGGAGUGGGAUAUUUCUGGUGCUUCCCACUGAGAGGCUGUGCUUUCAGGUAUUCAGGACAAUAUUAGCCAAAAGUGGGGGGCUCGAAAGAGACAGGAUUGAGUCACAUCUUGCUAAGUUAUACUGGAACACUGCCUGUCUAUUGUACUUCUCACUUAUGAGAAGAUCAAUCUUUGUGGAUAAUUUUAAAUUAUUGAUUAUUUAUAAAGGUUUAAUGUCCUUAGCUAGUUAUUGCUAUUUAACUUGUUAUAAUUCAGUGUGUACUUUAUAAAGAUACUGCAACUUUCCAGCAAGUUUGUGAGUUUCUCAUUUCUGAGCUGGAGUUGGGCUUGUAUAUGAGUUUGAAUUGUUUUAUUAAAUGGGAGUGACAGUUGCAGUGUCUGCCUGUUGUACUGGUGUGUAGUGUUGAGGGUAGGAGUGGUGGGACUUGUUAAAAAUGGCUCUUAGUUAGAAUACAGUCCAGAGAUAUUGGCAUCCAUGAGACCAGCGGCCAAGUAACUGAAACAUCAUGCAGUGAAAUUCCCCAAUGCUGCUGUCAUUUCCAGCAGAGUUUCCACAGGAAUUAUGCUGGAAGACCUUGUGAAUAAAUGGGUUUGUUCCAUAUUGCUGGGAUAUUUCCCUGUUGUAGUUAUACAUUGUGGCCGCUAUACAAUGACUGAGAGGGAGUUGUAUGAGAGAGCCUUCAAACUGUCUCUGUGGUGGGGCUGAGCUUGAUUAUUGCACUUUAUUCUCAAUUAUUUAAAUGUCUGUUUCUGACCAAUUUCUGACCAUGUACUGUGAAAUAAAAAAGUUUUACUCUG